GUGGAUGUGCCGGGAGUGAUAUCAGGGACACCUGCUGAUUAUCCUAUCAGUAAUGAUAAGGGUUCGAUUGAGCCAAUAGUCAGUGAUAGUGUGCUCGAGUCAGGUGCAGGUGGCUAGGUGCAGCUCGCCAUGGCUCUGUACAACCCAUCCUACGAGCCGGACCCCACGUAUGACCAGACGACAUGGCACUUCCUCCCCCCGGACUACCCCAUCUCUCCCGAGGACGACUUCCGGUACGGACUUCUGGACAUGAAAAUGCCGCCCCAGGCGCGACCCUCUGGCUUCCACAUCUGCGACAUCCUGGACCUGAACGAUGGCAAGGUGACCCCUGGCCAGACCGAGACCCUGCCACCCCACUCCUCUGGACCUGAGCUGACGACGCUGACGCCUCACGGGCUGAUGUUCCCUGGACCGCAGUUACCCGAGACCAUCCCCCCUCACUGGCCCUCCGCCCUCACCGAGCUGAGGGGUCUCGGCGGGCCACAACAGCAAGCCUCCCCCGACAGUACGUCUCCCAGCGCUACCGAGGGUACGGACUCAGGCAGUGCCAGCCUGCUGCACGACCCCCAGGAGUUGAGGACCGACCAGGACCUCGAUGACGACCUGGAGGAGGACCAUGAGGAGGACCACUCCCGCGGUCAGACCCCCGGCUCUGGGCACAAGAAGAGGAAACGGAGAGUUCUCUUCAGUAAGGCACAGACAUACGAGCUGGAGAGGCGUUUCAGACAGCAACGCUACCUGUCGGCGCCGGAAAGAGAACAUCUGGCUUCCAUCAUACACUUGACCCCCACCCAGGUGAAGAUCUGGUUCCAGAAUCACCGCUACAAGACGAAGCGGGCGCAGCAGGAGAAGGGGAUGCACAUGGAGCCUCAUGGCAGCACGUCCUUGCCGUCUCCCAGGAGGGUGGCCGUGCCCGUGUUAGUGAGGGACGGCAAGCCGUGUACUAGCGGCAAGCCAGCAGAGCAGCUCGUCCUGCCGUCAUACUCUCACCCCCUCAUGCACGGCCAGCAACGGUGGUGGUAGGCCCGGCUAGGGGGGGCCAGGCUCCCCCCCGAACUCGUCGCUAGGCUCGACCAUGCCUAGGGUAGCGGACCUCGAUACGUCACGUGAUAAAAGACAUUCCUGGGUUUCCCUCGUGGAUAACAGUUCAAAAAUUAUAGGCCUAAGUAAUACGUUAUGGAUGUGCCAGUGAGUGUGUCUCAUGAGUAUGAAUAGAAACAUAAAAAUAUCUUAAAUUUCUUGCUGUCACUAGCAACCAUACACUUCAAUACUUCAUUAUUAUUUAGUGGGAUAUAGGCUAUCCAAAAAUUUAAAGAAUAUAUACGUGUUACUAAAACUUUGAUUUCUUUGAAAUUUUACUGUUUUGCUCUUUUGAACUCUUUGAAUUCCCUUUCAAAAUAGUCAUAUUUAUUUUUACGACUAGUAUUAAAGCCCGUUUUAAACAAUCUUGCUGUAUGAAUAAUAUGUUGGCGUUGCAGUGACAACGUUUUCCGGUUCGGGAUUGUUCAAAAUUAACUCCAAAUUGUGUUUUCUAUAUUAGGAUUUAAUUAGGCGUAGUUUAAAUUAUGAAAGUUCGAUUGAUCUCUUAUUUAGAUCCAGUAUAAAUCAAAUAGUCUUCUGAAUGAUCUUAGAAAAGUCUUGUGAUAAACAGAAAAACAUUUCGUUUUUACAUGAUUUCCCAAAUCUUAAAUAGCGCGCUGUGUAAAUCUUAAGCCUAGCUUCCUCGCGAGUCAAACUUGGUUUAAAAAUAAGAUUCGAAAUAUGAAUAUCGACACAUAAGUAACCAUUGAUGUCCGUAAUGUUCAUAACAUUCCACUUCUGAUAUUGCGAUGAAGCAAUGUGAGAGUUUGGCAUCUCAAGGGGCAAGUUCCUUGUUACAAGGUUCUGCCGUUAAGUGUGUAUUGUCAUAAAGAGUUUCGUUGGAUUGUAAAAUGUUCACAAUAAAGGUGAACAUUGUUAGAUUUUCAGUUUUUAAAACUGUUAUGUUACUCUCGUAAGCAUUAUUUGUCUCAAUACCAACCCUUAGAGUAGUACAAUAUUGUUAGUAAAUGUUCCGUCUAUAGAGAGUUUAAAUAUGUUUUUUCUAUGGAGUUUAAGUUGUGGGAUGUUCGUUGUAUGUAUGUAAAUAGUCAGACGUGUGUCUAUAAACCUGUUAAAUAGUGUGAUGGCGUGUCACCAGCCCUUCCUUUGUUUAACAAUUAAAACCUCUACGUUAUAGUAAUUUAGUAUAAAUUAAUAUUGGAAAAAGAUAAUUAUUGAUAAACACGGUAAUGAAAAUUGGAAUGCUAUAAUUAUAAAUUUAUUGUUUUGAACUAUUAACAUGGCAAAAUUAUCGUAAUCGAUAGUGAUGGAAUAUCACUGAAGUAUAUUACAAAACACAUUGAGUCACUGUAAGAUUGAUAUUACUGGUGAAUAAUCACAACCAUUGGAUAAUGUUUCUUUCUUGUUCUAGUGGAUAAAUUUAAAUUUCUAUUAACCGUAACAGCAAAUUUACACUGGUUUUUGUACAGUGCAAGUUUUUAUUUGAAUACAUAAAACUUUAAAACCCAUCCACAUAUUGCAAACCAAGUAAAGAUGGGUUGGUGACAGGCAUAGUUUAUCUUCGGCCAUGUACAGUUUGUGUAAAUACUAGAUAGUAUAGAAAUCUAAUUUAUUGUAUUAGACAUACACGUCAAUAAAGUAUUAUUGCCGAUAA